AUGUUACUCAUAUUCUGGCAGGGCCCGAUAUAUCCUGGCCGAUCCUCGUACAACGGCACCAUAGCUCACAGCGCGACCUGGGACCCCAAGAUUACUUGGGAAGGCAAACGGGUUGCACUUAUCGGAACAGGCUCAAGCUCUGUUCAGAUGCUACCAGAGCUUGCAAAAGGUUCAAAGAGCCUUCACGUCUUUGCCAGAAACUCCGUAUGGAUCGUCCAUUCACUGGGCACAGAUCUCAGCAAGGCUAACGAAGACGCCCAAAGUCCUUCUGAGCAACCAAGCACCCAGAUUUAUGCCGAAAGGGAUAAGGAUGAGUUUCGUAAAGACCCUGCGACACAUCUACAGUAUCGCAAAGGUCUUGAGGCAACCUUGACACGCAACUUUCCAUUCUUUCUCAGGGAUUCACCAAUGAACGUAAAGGUUGUCUUUGAGGGCGUUUCAAGAUUCACUCCCACUGGACUUGUCACGAGCGAAGGGAAGGAGUUUGACUUCGACCUGAUUGCCUGUGCUACAGACUUUGACAUCUCAUAUACUCCUCAUUUCCAAAUAACCGGUAUCGAUGGAGUCACCAUGAAGGACGAAUGGUCCGAGUUUCCCAACUACUUUGUCAUCAAUGGACCAACCGGCAACUGGGGUCAGGGAUGUGUGCUUCCCUCGUGGAACGAGCACCUCGACAACUGGCAAAACAAGUACUCCGUCUGGGCCGGCAACUGCCGCUCUUGGUACAAGGCGAACAGAAAGGAUGGACGGGUGUAUAUCUGGCCUGGCAGCAUGCUUCAUCUGCUGAAAACGAUGAAGACGCCUAGGUUCGAGGACUUCAAUAUUACCUACAGAAGUGACAAUGUGUGGGAUUUCUUGGGUAAUGGCCGGACUCAGAUUGAGGAACUGGAUGAACGUGGUGCCGAUGUUGAUCUUGCCCCGUUCAUUCGUGAUCAGGAUGUUCCCUGGGCAAUUGAUAAUUUUUCUACUGUAGAAGCAGUUGUGGACUGGGAACACAAGCUUUGA